AUGGGCCCAGAGCCGGAGGCCACCACACCGCCGCGACCCGAAGCUGCCCCCCAGGAGGAGGGCACCAGGCUCGCUGCGACGACCGAGGCAUCGGCAACAGAGCCGGGCAUCGAGGUCGGGCCCUCUCCAGCUGAGCUAGCAGCAGAGGGGACCGCUGCCAUGGCGGAGGCUGCAGCGCCAGAGGCAGCGGAGGUGGUGGAGGUCGCGGUGCCAGAGGUAGCGGAGGUGGCUGCACCGGAGGCGACAGAGGCGGUGGCACCGGAGGCAGCAGAGACAGCGGCACCGGAGGUCGUCGAAGUUGCCAGCAGUGCCGCCCCACCGGCAGAGGAGGUGGAACCGGAGCUGGAGGCCGAGCGCCACCGACUCUCCGACUGGGAGGUCCGCCUGGGCGACCGCAUCAACUCCGUCUCCGCCCGCUACGCCGAGGAGCGCGCCAAGCUCGCGCAGGGGCGCGAGCUUCUGCAGGAGGAGCUGGAGCAAGCUCGCGCCCGGUAG